AUGGAUAAUAUCUUGAAGUACCUUUGCGGCAUAUUGUUCUAUUUGCUUUUUGAUGAAAAAUGCGAUAUUUUCGAGAAUAAGACACCAAUAAUAAUCAUCGGUGCUGGAUCAGCUGGCAUUUCUGCAGCUACUAGACUCCUGGAAAAUGGCAUCGAUGAUUUUCUUAUCCUGGAAGCAGAAUCCCAAAUUGGAGGUAGAAUACGUUCCGUAGAAUUUGGGGAUGGUUAUGUGGAUUUGGGGGCAGCCUCUUGUCAUGGUCAAAAAGGCAACAUCGUUUGGGAGAAGCUGGUACAGAUGAACCUAACGAAUCUCCUGAGGCAUACCAAGGUCCCUAACAACUUUUUCCUGUCUUCUGGGAAGAAUGUUAGUGAAGACGUUAGCAAUGAAGUGGUUCAUGCUAUGCUGGAAAUGCUUCAUUACAAACGUGGUAGCAGGAAUGAAAGUAUGGGAUUGACUUACGGGAAAAUGUACAAUGACUCUAUCACUGAAAAAUUUGGAAACGAUAGAGAAAAGUUAGAAGUCGCUCAAUCAGCAUUACACUGGCUAGCCCACAUAGUGAUGUGUAUGGAAGGUACUAUCUCCUGGUACGAUUCCAGAUCGAAAACAAGUUACCAGGUAUGUGAAGGACACCAAGAACUAAUCUGGAAAGGUGCUGGUUACGGAAUUUUUCUCGAUAUACUAAUGGGAAAAUAUCCAGACCAACGUGUUCAACUACCAAUCGACGAAAAGAUUUUGCUAAACAAAGAAGUCACAAAGGUCUCAUGGAGCCCCACAGCGACUAAGAAGAGGGUGGAAAUAUCUUGCUUAGAUGGGUCUAUAUACAUUGCACGUCACGUGAUAUUCACUCCGUCGCUCGGGGUACUCAAAGAAAGAGCUGAAGACUUGUUUGUGCCAAGAUUACCAGAGAAUAAGAUGGCCGCAAUAGAGAAUAUUGGUAUGGGGGCUACUAUGAAAGUCUACUUGCAAUAUCCUAGUAGGUGGUGGAGGGAUGAAGUUAGUUUCAAUUUUGUUUGGGGUGAGGAUGACAAGAGGGAUGCCAUGAAUGUAUUCCCAGGUCAACCAAGUCCGAUUGGUGAAUCAUGGAUUACUCGUUUAUAUUCCGUAGAAAUGUUGAAAGAAAAUCCCAGAGUAUUACUGGUAUGGAUAACAGGAGAUAUAGUUGAUGUACUCGAAACUAUCGACGAUGACAUUCUACUAUCUGGAAUUGAAUUCACAAUGAACAAGUUCCUGGGACAUAUUUAUGAUAUACCUAAACCUGAAAAAAUACUCCGAUCGACUUGGUAUUCCAAUCCAAACUUCAGAGGAACAUAUUCCUACCAAACGUUAAACACCACAGACCAUAUCAUCACUGAUUUGAUGGAACCUUUAAGGAGUUCUGACGGUUCUCCUGUCAUCCAAUUUGCUGGGGAAGCAACCAGCCCACAGCAUUUCUCAACUGUUCAUGGAGCAAUCGAAUCUGGUUACAGAGAAGCAGAUCGUCUUAUUGAAAUGUACACGCAAUAG